AGGUGUCUCGCCUGGGUGUGUGCGUGUGUCUGGCUCCGAGUUGGCGCUGGGGUCGGCGGAGAGUCGGGGUGCCAGUCCAGAGGAAUGUUGGCAUUUGUGACCCGUCGGGGUGUAGGCGCCCCCGGGAGCGCCAUGGCCCGCGCACGACAGGAGGGCAGCUCUCCCGAACCUGUAGAGGGCCUGGCCCGCGACAGCCCGCGUCCCUUCCCGCUCGGCCGCCUGGUGCCCUCGGCCGUGUCCUGCGGCCUCUGCGAGCCCGGCCUGCCCAGACAAGAAGAGCAGCAGCGACACCGCCCGUCUCCUUGGAGGGUCCUGUACAAUAUCAUCAUGGGACUUCUGCCCUUACCCAGGGGCCCUGGAGCCCCACAGAUGGAGCCCAAUUAGGCCCCUGCACCCACCCUGUGGACGUUGGAGACUUGGGGGGCAGGACCCCCCCACCUCCUGAUGCCCUGGCCAGCACGGGGGACCUUUUCU